CGCUCCCGGCCUCCCUUCCGGAAGGCUCUAUCGCGAGUCUUGGAAGAAACUGCAGGCGCGGGCAAAAAAGACCAAGGAAAACCAGAGGGACUUUGCCCAGUUGGUGAUAUGGAGCAGGUGUCGUCAACUGGCAGACCCGUGCAGAUCACUGUGACAGAUGGACAUGAUUUGAAAGGUAUUAAAGGAGAUACUCCAGUUACCUUUGUUCGUGUAGAAUUCAAUCAAGUGGUUCUGGGAGACUCUGCAAAAAUUACUGUUUCUCCAGAAGGAAUGGCAAAAUACAACUUCACUAGCAGUUUUGAGUUUAAUCCUGAAGGAGGAAUCACUUUAGAUGACCUCGCUCACAAACCUGUGUUCUUAACCAUGACUGAAGUUUUGCCAAAGGAAAAGAAACAGAAAGAAGAGAAGACUUUAAUUCUUGGUCAAGCUGUGGUAGACCUUCUUCCCUUACUGGAAGGAGAGAGUUCAUUUGAAACAACAGUCCCAUUGCACCCUGUGCAGGGUUCACCCUUAGAAAUUCCUCGAUCAAGUGGUAAGCAGAGCAGUCUUGAAGUUAAAGUGUUUGUGGCAGAUCCCUUACUGACCACAGCCCAGAUAUUAGGAGGCAAUCUCCUGAAGGUCACGUUGGAAGCUGCCUACUCUGUGCCUGAAUCCUUCACUCCAGUAGGUCCCCUGCAGAACUACAUGGCUGGUUUGCAAGUUCCAUCACUUGGAGAGAAAGACUAUCCCAUUUUAUUCAAGAAUGGAAUUCUGAAACUUGGAGGUGAAAAAGAACCUGUUCCUCGGCCGAAAAAAUGGCCUAUUGCCAACAUUCUGGCUCCAGGCGCUAAUAACAUUCCUGAUGCAUUCAUUGUUGGUGGUCCCUAUGAGGAAGAAGAAGGAGAACUCAAUCACCCUGAGGACAGGGAAUUUAGGAACCAAGCAGAAUGCAUGAAGAAAAGGAUUACUUGGGACUUGGAAAGUCGCUCUUACCUUGCUCCUUCUGCAGUGGUCAGCUUUCAGAAGCGAAUUGCUGAUUGCCGGCUUUGGCCUGUAGAAAUAACAAGAGUUCCUCUUGUUACUGCACCCAAAGGGAAAGCAGGCAAAUUUGAUAAGACUGAGGAUGAAAAUCAGCUUUCAUUUCAUGGUGUGGCUUAUGUUAAUAUGGUCCCAUUGCUGUAUCCAGGUGUGAAGAGAAUUCGAGGAGCUUUUCAUGUUUACCCUUACCUAGACAGCAUAGUUCAUGAAAAGACCAAGUGUUUAUUCAGCUUGUUCCGGGAUAUUGGCCAUCAUAAUAAUAAAAUAGGAGGAAUUAAUUCUCCACUGUCCAAACAAGUUGUUUCUAAGAAUCUGAAAGAAGAUAAAACAGUCAAAGAAAAGGAUAUAGAUGGAAGGCCGAGGCCUGGGGAUGUGCAAGCACCUAGUAUCAAAUCUCAGAGCUCGGAUACUCCUUUGGAAAGUGAACCCCUUCUAAGCAACAAUCCAGAAGGACAGCAAUAUGUAGAAGCAGGGACAUACAUUGUAUUGGAGAUUCAACUCGACAAAGCCUUAGUUCCAAAGCGAAUGCCAGAAGAGUUGGCCAGAAGGGUUAAGGAAAUGAUUCCUCCAAGGCCUCCCCUUACCCGUCGGACAGGAGGAGCUCAGAAGGCGGUGAGUGACUACCACAUGCAGAUCAAGAACAUUUCUAGGGCCAUUCUGGAUGAAUAUCAUAGAAUGUUUGGAAAGCAGGUGGCCAAACUGGAGAGUGAUUUGGAUAGUGAAGCCCUGGAAGAGCAGAAGUGUCAGCUCAGCUAUGAACUUAAUUGCUCUGGAAAAUACUUUGCCUUCAAAGAACAGCUCAAGCAUGCUGUGGUAAAGAUCGUGAGAGAGAAAUACUUGAAGACAACAUCAUUUGAAAGUCAGGAGGAACUGCAGACAUUUAUCAGUGAGCUCUAUGUGUUCUUAGUAGAUCAGAUGCAUGUGGCCCUAAACCAGACCAUGCCAGAUGAUGUCCAAGGCACUAUUCCAACCAUUCAUACAAGCAGUGAUCAGCUUCGACUUUUUGCAUUUGAAGCAGAAGUCAAUGAGAACUUUGAAAUGGCAGCAGUGUAUUAUAAAGAGAGGUUGGCUCGUGAGUCCCAGAACCUGGAUCACUGGCUGGACUAUGGUGCUUUCUGCCUUCUAACCGAAGACAAUAUUAAAGCACAAGAGUGUUUUCGGAAAGCUCUUGCCCUCAACCAGAAUCACAUCCACAGCUUGCUGCUUUGUGGUGUCCUGGCCGUCUUGAUGGAGAACUAUGCGCAAGCAGAAAUUUUCUUUGAGGAUGCCACUUGCUUAGAACCAACCAAUGUUGUAGCCUGGACUUUGCUUGGUUUGUACUAUGAAAUUCAAAACAAUGAUAUUCGAAUGGAAAUGGCAUUUCAUGAGGCCUCAAAACAGCUUCAAGCACGAAUGCUUCAGGCACAAGUAACAAAGCAAAAGAGCACUGGUACUGUAGAGUACAUUGAAGAAGGAGGGAAGAUAGAUUCCAGUUUAGACCCUUGGGGAAUCACAACUGGUUCUUCUGCAACAGCAAUCAAGAUGGAAGCGCCAGCAGGACCAGGAGCUGCAUUGUCCAUUCUAGACGAAGAUCUUACAGAACCCUCCAAACUGCAGUCUGAUUCACAAGAACCCAUUGUGACUGCACACUCUCAGGAUCCAACUAUGAGCCAAAAGCCAUCUAACACGUUUUUAAAGGAAAUACCAACAAAGAAAGAAACAUCAAAAUGUCAAGAUUCAUCAGCUGUUCUGCAUCCCAUCCUUCAUUAUGAUAUUUCUCAACCUCCUACCACCAUCUUCAUGGAGACCAUACAUUUCCUGAUGAAAGUUAAUGCUGUGCAGUAUGUACACAGAGUGCUUGCACAUGAGCUAUUAUGUCCUCAAGGAGGCCCCAGCUGUGAGUAUUACUUGGUGCUAGCCCAGACACACCUUCUCAAGAAAGACUUUGCCAAGACAGAGGAAUACCUUCAACAAGCAGCCCAGAUGGACUACCUGAACCCUAAUGUCUGGGGCUUGAAGGGUCAUCUGUAUUUUCUGAGUGGAAAUCAUGCUGAGGCCAAGGCGUGCUAUGAGCGAACCAUUAGUUUUGUAGUAGAUGCUUCUGAAAUGCACUUCAUCUUCCUGCGACUGGGGCUCAUCUAUUUGGAAGAGAAAGAGUAUGAAAAGGCGAAGAAAACCUACCUGCAAGCCUGUAAGAGAUUACCCUCGUGCCUUACCUGGCUAGGACUGGGAAUCGCCUGUUAUCGGCUGGAGGAGCUCACAGAGGCUGAGGAUGCUCUCUCUGAAGCCAAUGCGUUGAACAACUACAAUGCUGAAGUAUGGGCGUAUCUGGCAUUGGUCUGCCUGAAAGCUGGACGGCAACUGGAAGCUGAGCAGGCCUACAAGUAUACGAUAAAGCUGAAAUUGAAAGAUGAGGCUCUGCUAGCAGAGAUCCGCAUGGUACAGGAAACAGUUGGCUUUGGAAAUCCAUCUUUCUGACAUCCUUCCAGCUGAAGAAUUUUCUGUAUGGAACUCAGUAUUUUCUGUAUUUCUCUGAGAAAGUUUCACCAUUGAAGUCUGACGCUGGAGAACAAAGAAUCUUUGCCAUAAACAGAAACCCAUUCAUUUCCAUUGGCUAUGUUACUGGAUGACAAUAAAAUGUGGAAAUACAAGACUCAAAA